AUGGAAGUGGUAUGGUUUCAUGGUCAGAACUCAAGUUUGGUAUAUCACUAUAAACAUGCCUGGGAUUAUUUGAAAUAUCAGCACCAAGACUAUCAAGGGAGGACAGAAUUUCUUCAAGAGAAUAUUUCUAGUGGCAAUGUGAGCUUAAAGCUCCAUCAUAUCCGUCCCUCUGAUGAAGGGAAGUACAGGUGUUUCUUUGAAAGUCCCUCUUAUUAUCAUGAGGCAGAAUUCCAAGUGUAUGUGGCAGGAAUAGGCUCUGCUCCUCACAUAUACAUGGAGAGUGCUGGAAAUGAAAGGCUCCAUCUAGUGUGUACAUCCACAGGAUGGUACCCAGAACCUGAAGUGCAAUGGAAGAAUCACCAGGAGGAGCUAUUGCCAGGAGGCACUGUAACCAUAAAGAAAGUGAAUGGGCUGUUCUCUGUUGAAAUGUCAAUUACAGUGGCUGCCAUUUCCAAGGAGAAUGUUUCUUGUGUCAUUGAGAUCCCUCGUUUCAGUCAAAAAAUGGAAACAAGUGUUUAUUUGCCAGGCAUAGGCUCUACUCCUCACAUAUACAUGGAGAGUGCUGGAAAUAAAUGGUUCCGGCUAGUGUGCUCAUCCACAGGAUGGUACCCAGAGCCUGAAGUGCAAUGGAAGAAUCACCAGGAGGAGACAUUGCCAGGAGGCACUAUAACCAUGAAGAAAGUGAAUGGGCUGUUCUCCCUGGAAACAUCAAUUACAGUGUCUGCCAAUUCCAAGGAAAAUGUUUCUUGUGUCAUUGGGAUCCUUCAUUUUAGUCAAAAGAUGGAAGCAAGUGUUUCUUUGGCAGUCUCUGAUAAUCGAUAUGUCUCUGUUAAUCGAUCUGUGGCCACAACUUAUGACACAGGCUCGCCUUAUCGCUUCUUCCUCCUGAAACAAAAUGACAAAAGUGUCAUUUCCUAUUCUCGGCAGCCCAAGGGUGGAGGGGACAUGGAUGUGCUGACUUAUGUGCUGGGUCAGGAGAGAUUCGAUUCAGGAAAGCACUACUGGGAGGUGAAUGUGGAAGGAAAGACGGAGUGGGCUCUGGGGCUCUGUAAGGACUCAGUAUGCAACGAGGAAGAAGCAGACGUCACACCAGAAACUGGAUUCUGGAUUAUUUGUCUGGUUAAUGGUGACACUUACCGGGCUCUCUGCAGACCCUGGAUCCAGCUCCAGUUGGCAGUGGCCCCCAAGACUGUGAGGAUUUUCUUGGACUAUGAAACAGGCACAAUCACCUUCUCCAAUGCUGCUGACUCAACUCACAUCCAUACUUUUCAUGAUACCUUCCAGGAAGCUCUGAGGCCCUGUAGCUUCUCUGGCUCUUUCAGUGAAGCAGAAAAUCGUAACCUUGUGCACCCCUUAGAAAGUAUCUCUGAGAGAAUGAAAAUGUUGAAAUAA